CAUGGCGUCAUCAGCACCGCUGGAAAUGCAGGGGAUUCUUGCGGCGGUGGGCGAGACGCCGCUCGUCCGCUUGCACACGCUGUCGGAACUCACUGGGCGCGAGAUCUACGGCAAGGCUGAGCACCUCAACCCAGCAGGGUCGGUCAAGGAUCGCGCGGCAAAGUUCCUCGUGCUGGACGCGUUCAAGCGCGGAUUGCUCGUCCCGGGAGAUACAAUCGUGGAGGGAACCGGCGGAAAUACGGGCAUUGCACUCGCAAUGGUGGCGUCCGCUCUGGGUCUGCGCACGCUCAUCACCGUGCCGGACAAUGUCGCCAAGGAGAAGCGAGACAUGAUGGAACGCUACGGCGCAGAGAUUCUGGUCGUGCCGCAAGUGCCCUUCUCCAACCCGGAGCACUUUUACCAUGCAGCCAAGCGCGAGCGCGAUCGCAUGAACGCCGACGCCGACAAGGCCAUGAGCACACUCCCGCAGGGCAGCCCAAGGCCUCCAAGAGCCUACUUUCCAGACCAGUUUGAGAACUUGGCCAACCGCGAGGCUCAUCGCGCCACGACGGGACCGGAAAUCUGGCGUCAAACGAGCGGCAAGGUGAACGCGUUCGUCUGCGCGAGCGGGACGGGCGGGACGAUCAGCGGUGUAUCGAGCUACCUGAAGGAGCAAGACAGCCGGGUUCGGAUAGUGCUCGCCGAUUGUCAUGGCAGCGGACUUGCAUCCUUUGUGCAAACGGGCGAGCUGGUGUCGGACGGAUUGAAAACCGUCACCGAGGGCAUCGGGUCGAUGCGCCUCACUGCCAACUUUAAGUCAGCCGCCAUUGACGAAUGCGUGCGUGUUUCCGACGCCGAGGCGGUCGCGAUGGGCUACUUUCUGCUCCAGUUUGAAGGAAUUUUCAUCGGGCCGUCCGCCAGCCUGAACGCCGCAGCUGCCGUAAAAGUUGCUCGAACGCUCCCCGCAGGCUCGACCAUUGUCACCAUCAUGUGCGACAGCGGCGAACGGUACACAUCCAAAACGUUCAACAAGGGUUUUCUGCAAGAGCAGCAACUGCAACCUGCGUUCGAUGCCAAUGGCCGCCUGCCGCGCAAUUUGGAUUUUGUCUUGUAAAUUUACACAUCGUCCUCGUUCCCAAAGUGCGCAUGCGCAUCUAUUUUUUUGUUUUGCGACUGUCUAUGUCAUCGGGAGAAUACGGUAUGACUGUAUCUGCAACACCACAAUGCACUAUGUACAACAAGCCAAACAAC